UCAUGAGGCCAUGAGGCCAAAGGCCUAAUGUUAAAUCCGCCAGUGCGAGGCACCGUGGCGUCACUAGGUGUUUUCAACAGUUGCUGGCCUCGCUCAUCAUCUGGACCGCAACGCCAACGGAUGAACCUGUUAAUUGCCAAACUAGCUAGCAAUUUUUUAGUGUGAAAAAUAACAAGAAGGUGUGAAUACAAAGGGCCCAAUUCCAGCAAACGUCCCGCAGCAAGUGCUGUUGUGGACUUCCCUCUCUUCCAGGAGGGAACAGAUUGUUCUGCAUAGUCUCAGUCGUCCACUGUGAAUAUUAAGCGAGAAGAGUUCUGACCUCUUUCAAUGAGACAUUGUGAUGGAAUGAUAACAAAUCUGACUGACUCCUCGCCUCUGUGUUUUUAAAUAUUUAUUUUCCAAUUCUGCCUCUCAACCACUAGAACUCCUUUACCCUUUCACCAUCUGUCUCCUUGUUUUCAUCUAUUCUCUCCAUCUCACUCUCCUCUGUCCCAUUGGACUGCGAUUGUCACCAUGAAGCUACUUCUGUCUUCAGGCCUGUGUGGCAUGACCCCUUACCAGGGUUCCAUAGUAGGAGGACUCUAUUUUUUGAUGGUGGGCGUCAUGCAAAUGGUCUUUGAGUUUGGCCAUUUGCGCACAGCCAAGGAGAGCACAAACAACAUCACAGGCUCCCAGUUUCCGCCCCAGGUGUGCUUCGGUUACUACUACUCUCUGCUUAUCCUGGGCGGCAUCACCCUACUGAUGACCCUGUGCAUGCUCGGAGCAGUUUGGGCCAACCAGCAUGUGGGCAUCCUGGGCUUUGCGGUCUGGCUGACGCUGUACGACGUGACUCUGUUGGUGGUCACUUGCCUGCUCCAGAGGCAGAUGCAGGCACUGGGCUUGGAGCUGAGUGUACUGGAGUGGUACGGUGUGAUAUGCAGGGUCAUGGGAGACCCCUUCUGGCUGGCCCUCGUAAUCACACACGGUCUGGAAGUGCAGAUUGAGAGGCAUCGGCUUGGGAAACGACAACGCAAAGGCGGGAUUCCAAAAGAGGGGACACAGCUCAAACUGAAAUUUAAGGCCUUUGACAGUAGUGUUUGAAAUGGAGACCCUAAUAGACACCGGUCUCUUCAGAUACGAAAAUAAAAACGUUUUGGACUUUUACUUACAUGCAGAAAGUAUAAUAUGAGUAUUUUUAAUGUUGUUUUUUUGUUUUACUUUGAUGUUCUCUGUGUUACUUAUGUAUCCUCCAAA